AGCGUGUACGCGUGUGUCUCAAACUAUAUUGGUAUGACCAAACUGAAAGAGCUGAUUGGGAGGUUGAAGGACAAAGCGUCGCAGGGCAAAGCCGCCAUCCUCUCCAAACGCGCCACUCUCUCUCUCCUACGCGCCACUAGCCACGACCCCUUCACCCCUCCCACCUCCAAUCACCUCUCCACGUUCCUCAUCGCCGGCGAUGGAUCACGAGUCACGGCCUCCGCCGCCAUGGAGCUUCUCAUGGACCGCCUCCAGAGCACCCAGAGCUCUGCCGUGGCGCUCAAGUGCCUCAUCGCCAUCCACUGCGUGGUAAAGCGCGGCAGCUUCAUCAUGAGAGAUCAGCUUCCGUACAGCUGCGGCGGCGGCGGCAGGAACUACCUUAACCUCUCCAAAUUCCGCGAUAGGAGCAGUCCCGUAUCCUGGGAACUGUCUUCGUGGGUACGAUGGUACGCUAAACACGUGGAACAGCUUCUCUGGGCUUCCAGGAUCGUUGGCUUCUUCCUCGGCGUUGAAGCUGAAGAAGACUCAAGUCAAGGGUGGUGGACGAAAGCAGGAGAAGAGAGAGCUUCAAGCCUUAGCAACGGUGAGCUGUUGAGAGAGACGGAUGCUCUGUUGGCGGUUAUUGAAGGGAUUGGGGGAAUACCCGACGCAGCAUGCAUGGAAGGGAACAAGCUAGUUGGUGAGAUAUGGAGUGUGGUGGAAGAGGAUGUGAUUGUGGCGCUGAGCGAGGUUUUGGUUAGAGUUAACGAGUUGAGGGAGCGUUUUGGGUGUCUGAGUUUUGGAGAAGUGGUGGAGUUGGUUUACGUGUUGAACAGAUUGGAGAAGUGCAAAGAGACGGUGGAAGAGGUGGUGGUGGUGGUGGCAGAGAAACAGAGAUUAUUAUGGGAUGUAGUGAGAGAAGUGAAGGAGAAGGUUGAGAAGAAGGUGUUCAGGGAAGAAGGGAAAACGAUGAGAAGACAGAGACACAGGACAACAAAGUCAGAAAGGUUUGAAUUUCCGACGCUUUUGAUCGAUUCUCUUGAUUUGGUUCGGUUUCCCUCCGCAAGGUUGUUGUGAAUUAUUUUGUAAAUACAAAUUAUCAUCUUGUUCGUGUUUUACCAACUCAAGAUUCAAAUGGGAAUGGUUCAUUCUUAUGUUUAA